AUGCGAGACCUAAAGGAGUGGGACCUUUUGAGAGAUAAACCGUUGUCAGAUAUAAAGGCCACCAACACCGGCAUGCCAAUUAGGGCCAAUAAACCGAAGUCCCUGUAUGUAUUGGAACAACGAUCUGGCAGCCCUGACGACUCUUAUGCUGUGAAAGGACCGCUUGGUAAGGUGAUACUGGAACCAACUUCAUACCAACUUCAGAACAAACCAAGAGCCUACGUGCUCCACGUCACAACCACCGAAUUUGCCAAAAGUCUGGAAGGCAUGCUGAGUUUCCAAUUCGUCGAAGAGGCCAGUAUCAAACGGAGCGUGUCCGAAGAUGACAAGAUGGCUCUACUUUACAUGAACCUCUCUAAGCUGCAAUACUGA